AUGGUUCAAAGGUCACGCGUAAAUAUGAUUUGUGGGGAUGAGGGAGAAGGUCUGGGGUCGAGGCUAACGCCUACUCCCACGGAAAAUAUAGAGUCCUCUGCUGUUGUCAAGAUUCAGAGGGCUUUUCGAAACUUUCUAGGAAAGAAGAAAGUUGUGUCCCAGCUCAGAUCUGAUGUGGAUGAAAUCAUAAGCAACUUCACAUUUAUGACUUUGCCAGCUACAGAUGUUUUCGCAGCUGGACAAAAACUGCUUUUUGUCUUUGAUAUUGAAACAGAUAGAAAGAGACUUGUCAACUUCUGCAGAUUGAUUUUGGCUGGAAUGGAGACCAAUAGUGUGAAGAACGCCCAUCAUACCGGAAACUAUGCCCGCGUAAUAGCCGCAUCCCUACAAAUAUCUCAGACACACCCACAGACCCAAGUUAUCAAGCUCUACCUCUCCAUCGUCUGCAUGCUACACCCUGAACAUGGUCUGCAAGGCCCAACAUCGGACGCGGUUAAACUUCGACACCUGAUGCGUGGCAUCUAGCGGGUACAUGGCAACACCACCGACUCCCGGCUUCCUAUCACCCCUUCCCUCUUACGCUCAUUUCGCUCCUUCCUACCCUGACCACCUAACAUUUUGGGCCGCCAUACUACUUGCCUUCUUCACCUUCCUCCGCUGUGGCGAGCUCCUCUCACUCCACCGCAGUGACAUGCGCAGGACAACGGACGAGUACCAGAAAC